GUACAAGAAAGCAUUCUCCACCAUGACGAAGAUGGGACACAUCUCCGUUCUUCUGUUCUUGCUGCUUUCUCUUUGUUCCUUGGUCAUCAGUACGUCAGUAAAGAACCAUGAUUCCGGGUUGUAUAAUAAGAUCACCAAUAUGUAUCCAGGCAAUACAAAGCCUGGAAGUUGCCCACCUCAGAGGUAUUAUAUUAAGAGCGAAAAUGAGAUAUGUCACAAGCUCUGCAUGAGGGACGAUGGCUGCAUAGGGGACAUGAAGUGCUGCCCUGAUAACUGCCACUAUAUGUGCAAACCUCCGUCGAAGGUUAAGCCAGGCACAUGCCCAUCUUUUGAAACUGCUUUUUCUUCUACUGUGAGAUGUAAUGACAACUGCACGUCUGAUUCUGAAUGUCCUGGAACCUUUAAAUGCUGCAAAAAGGCUUGUGGAAAUACUUGUGUGCCUACUCUAGCCGACAUGGGCAAACCAAGCAUGGAGUCCACUCCCACAGCAAGAAGUGGCUUCUGUCCUCAAGAGUCUUUAUCUAAUUGUCUCAUAAAUGAACGGCAAUUCUGCGAUGAGGCAUCAUGCAUCGAUGGCUACAAAUGCUGCCCCAAAAUCUGCAGAUCAGAAUGCCAGAAACCUCUUCAAGCAAGGGCAGGUGAAUGUCCCGAAAGCACACAGUGUCCUUCCCAAACUGUCAGCAAGGCCUGCUCAUCUGACUACGAUUGCCCAGCGUUAUUCAAGUGCUGCUCAACUUGUGGAAACACAUGCGUCAAGGCAUUGAAUGUUCCUUCAUUCCUACAUACUGGCAAUGGUUCAAUAGUCAUCAUUGGAGGAAAAAAAUGAAGAGCGGUACAUUGCAUUGUGCAUAUAGCUGUUUAUUUAUAUACCAGGGUGCAAUCACCAUACAACCUCCAUGUGUUAUGAUAUGACGAUUGCUUGCGUGUUUUCCUCCGGGUCAUGUCCUAUAAUGCUUGUGCCCUCUUUAGCAUUUGCCAUCACUUUGCCUAGUUUUAACAGUUUUUACAUCAUUUCGUUAAACCAUAGGUUGCACCGCAUUAUUUUUUGUUCCUCUACAUUUUGGUUGCUGCUUAUUUUUUAUAUAUGUUUUACUGUAUAUUUUGCAAAAGAAUGAAUAAAUAUUACUACACCAA